AAAGGAUGUGGAUGAACACGAAGAUCGUGUCUGAACUAGACGCCCGUCCCCGUAUCUAGCAGUACUAUAUUAUAACUAAUCUUGGAGUAGAAGGUUGACGUGAGUGUGAGACGUGAAGCUAACACUGGCUCGCCGCAUAAGCUUGUAUUUUUCCUUGGUGGACUUCUAAUUCUUUUAUGUUGCGAUAGGAAGUGAACUGGUAAAUAUCGUAGUUGUGAAGUCCUUGCGAUUUUUUUGUGUCACAUCGUUCGUGCUCCUCUCAGACGUCUGAGCAUUCCGACACGCAUGAAAUCCGUGGCUGCUCCUGGUACUGGCCGGAGAAGUUGGAACUUCUAGACUUGGAAAAAGAAACAACGAAUACGAAAUCUUUGGUGCUGCUGUCUCAAUAGAGUGAACAAUUGGACACGUCGGUCUCGUUUCGUCCAAACCGAUUUAUUUGACUUAGGGUACCAAUCCGCAUUAUUUACCCGCACACCAAGCCCAACGAUUCUAAGCGGCUCAAUCGGAAUCGGCCGCGUGACCUUCGACUCGCUAGCCUUGCUGGAAAGGCAGUUUUACGAGGCAGCGCGUCAUUACGGGGUCCCCGACCUCACUAGAAGCAAUAAUGUCCGAAACCAUAGGAGGCUCCGUAUCGUCAACAUCGAUUCCUGAUCUACUCAGCUCACCAGCUGCGAAAUGGGACCCUUGCAAUGGGAAAGCCUUUUCUGUGCGAAGCCAUGGGUACUUACUUUUUAAUUGUUCAUCCACCUUCAUCAAGCACAAGAUAUUAUGUUGGCGCUAAGUCAACUAAGAACUGCACGAAGACGGUCGCUAUGUGUUGUCGUCUCCUAGUCCUGGAAGUGCUCCGCUUCGCGGCUUUUGUAACUUGCCGCCCCUUGCCAAGCGUUUCUGUGUCUUUUGGUUUCGUUUCAUGUGAUUCCCCGCGCCCCUCCAGAGUCCACCGCACCAGCCUGCAGAUGUGUGCUGGGGGAUUCUGGAGGGGCGCGGGGAUUUGGAGGGUUCCCGAGGUUCUUGGCUCGCAAUUGGGGGAGGGUUUUCCAGAAGGGAGCGCAGUAGGCGGCGAGUGUUCUGCGGAUUCGUGUCAUGCCUGAGAGGGUUGAACUUUGUCCGGGUUUUUGAAGUCUUUGGCUGAAUUUUCUCCAUUAUACCGAAGAGCUUGGUCGCGUUGUAAUAUCGAAAUUCUUGAUGCCCUUACUCUUGCGUCGCUACCCUUACCCCACUAAGUUGAUUGUGAUUCCAGAGGACCUGGAUCAAUGCUAGGAAGACUAAGCUCACCACGAUCACCAGCUACAUGACGUCGAAGGUCAAAGAGAACUCUCUCGAAGCGCUCUACGAAUGUUACCAUGUUUCAUUUGUCCGCGGAAAAAAUGGCAAGAUCGACCGUUCAGAAAUAUUCAGCGCGCUGGUCCAGCAAGGGAAAAUCAACAUGGGUGCGAGUAAGGGUACUUUGUUUUUAUCGAGAUUUUGUUCGGUUGUCUUGUUCGUGAGUUCGAGUAUGAAGAUGCUGCUCCAUUAAUGUUGCGCUAACUUGUAUAAGAAAGUUGAGAACCUAGUAUUCCUAUUCUCGUGCAGAAUGAUAUACUGAGAAUGAAGAAAAGCCGUCUACUAUAUUGAUAGCUAGUACAGAAGUACAAGCAUAUAAUCUUUAUCGCUUCAUCAGACGAAGUUCCGGAGUACUUGGUUGUAAACGGUCAAAUUCCAAUGGAGGGACCGAGUUUGCUAGGCGGACAGUCUGCGGAUGACUUUGGAGCAAGUCUCAUCUCAUGGUACAAGCUGCGCGAUGGGGUAGACAAAGAGUGUCCAGCGUUGCAGCUUCUCAUGCGAAUGCUGGUGGACCAGGGCUGCAGCCAACGGCAUGGUAGGGUCUUUGGUCCUUUUCUCCUGUACACAAAUAGUACACGGAAAAUACUGCAAUACAGUCUGGUAUAUUUGAUGUUCUGAUGAGGACAUCAUGUCAAAACGGAGUUCGAAAAUUUGUACUUCAUCUUUCUUGAUGAAUUAUCGUAUUUUCAACUUUGUUGAGGUCCGUUCCGUGUCUUCGUGGAGGUCAUCUACAAUAAGAUGUCGUUUGAAAAUCUAAAUCAUCGUCGCGUUUUAGGUGUGUCGUUCAAAGCAAUCGGUUAUUGUGAGACAUGGGAGAACCUGGGCUUGCCCGAAGCGGUCAGCGGCUACAACGGCAAACCUUCGCUCAUAACCGACUCGCUCCGGAUAUGCCAUGAGUAUUCUACUCUGUGAUUUUUAGUUUCUGUCGACGUCCUGUAUGACAGCACCCACGCAGUUGGGAUGUUGAUCAUUCAGCAAUCAUCUGACGAUCACACUCCUUCUGUCUUCUUUUGUCUUAUCGUGCCGAUACUCAACAGAACCAUAUCCAUAGGCACCGAGAAGAAGAGUCUUUACCUUACAACUUUUACUUCCGUUCAGGAGCAAUGUCGCCAUUCUCGACUUCGACGUUAGAAAGUGGUCAUAUCUGGCGCGUAAUUGUCUCAACUCCGCAAUGAGUAACAAGGAAACGUCGAAGCUGAAUCAGAUGAAAGUCGCAUUUCUAAUGGAAGGAAAAAGCCCCGACGAGUUGCCAGAACAGGUGCUGGGCUGCUUCUACAUUUCAAACAUGGAUAAAGACGAGUUCCCCAUGAUUGAUGCAGGACUGCAAGAUACAGAGAACAACGGUGAAAAGCGUGGUGGGAUACUCCGCUCACUCUUCGGAUAGGCGAUUCGACGCAGCACUUCACUGGCAGGGAUCACGCGAUGCUUUCUCAUAUACAACGCUGAACGAAACAUUAACCCGCACGUACCUACUGCCGCAGCGGUAGCAAGCGCGGCCAUCCUCUACCAUCAUGCCUCUCUUCACCUCGAUCCAGAUUUUCUCGUCCUCUACGAACUCCUUUUUCGUAUGGUUCCCGUUCCAAGGGACAAACAUUCAUAUUUAUGAUGUCCCGCUAGCGACGAGAUGCCUCUCGUCUUGCCUCUCUCUGCCUACCACGUCGAUGUCUGGCGUUUUUGUCAGUCGUAUGUUGAAGUUGAUGUCAUUUUUUUAUACCAGUUACUCAACAACGAUGUAACUGUGUCAAAUUUGAUUAUCCUUUCCAUCGUGCUUCCCUGAGACAAUCUUUCAUGUUGUUGCUGUCUAAAGAGCAAGUGUGGAGAAGCGUCGUGUAUGAUUUUCGUGCUGUCCUGCGAGAAGAAGAUAUCAAAGGAAGCUGGGAAAUGGUUUUCCUUUGAUGUUGUAAGUUGUUGAAAUUUUAAAAAGAUGAAAGGACGAGAAUGACGAUGUGUGAAAAAAAUUGGCGCCAAAGUUGAGAUACUCCGAAUUUGUCAACAUAGUGAUUUUGGAAAAUAAUGCUGUGGUUAGGUUUUGGUGUUUGUUCAACACCUUGUGC